UCGGCCGUGCGAGCUUCAUGCCCGUGAGAGCGGACACGCGCCCGUGAUGCACGAGGAGGCGAGGCGACCGCGUCGGCACCAGAGGAGGAGCAGAACCGUGGCCGAGGUGGAGCUGGCCCUCGAGCCCAUGGAGUCGCAGGUGCGAGGCCUGCGCCAGGAGGUGGCGCGCACCGAGGACUCGCUGCGGGCGGCGACCCGACGCUGCCGCGAGCUGGUGCGCGAGCUCGACGGCCUCAGCGCGGACCACGAGCGCGAGCGUCUUCUGCGGGACCAGCAGCUGUCGCGCAUUCUGCGCGCGCUUCUCGUUCUCGAGUCGAGACUCAAGCAGGAGCAAAAGUCCAUCAGACAGCUGCUCUGCGAGAAGGACAACGUCAUAAGGAACCAGCAACUCGAGAUCGCGCGACUCAGGCGCUAUACCAAGAGCUACAUCAAGGGCAAGCGCGACCAGAGCCGCUGCACCGGAGCUGCCGAGGUCAUCGACAAGGCCGAGACCGAGGAUCCGCCCUCUUUCGAGGCCUCGGACUUCCAGGAGCACGAUAGCGGUCUGAGCAAGGAUAUCCAGAAGUUGAAAUGCGAGAUAAUAACGAAGCUUAAUGAGGGCUUGGACGGCGAGUCCGGUCAUCCAAGCACGAACAUCCGGAAGACGCACAGCUUCGCGGGCAGUGAUAUCUCGAAGACGAGCCUGACCUCGAGCGAGAACACGGAUGCCUCGAUCAUAACGACGACGACCGACGGCAGUCCUUCGCUACUCAGCACCGAAGGCUUCUGCGAGGGCGAGUCGACCGACGUCUCACCGGGCUCGACCCUCAACAAGUCCAGCAGCCGCUGCACACCGACGAUCGUCAUGACCGACAGCGAGACCGAGGUCACAAUGGUCAUCCUCGACGAGAGGCAGAAGACGAUCGCGAGGUCCGAGAGCAAAGAUGACGGCCUCGACUGCAACUACGCCUCCGACGAGGACGAGCCGAUCUACGAGAACGCGCGCUGCGACGAGAACAAUGCGAGGAAUAUCAUCGCGGGUGUGAACGCCAACGCCAUCACCGAUGACCGCAGCAACAAUAACGUUGAGAUGAGAUUGACGAGGAUCGAGCCGGACGAGCAGAGCCACGAGGAGUCGUCGGGUAAUUGGUACAGCGACCCGGACGAGGACCGGCUGAACGACGAGAUGCUCCGGCACAGCGUCUAUCGACCUAACAGCAACCACAAUUCGGUCCUCGAGUGCGUCAACCAAAUUCUCCUGCGCGACAUGGAGGACGAGGAGAACAACAUCCUGUCGGUGCCGCGCAGAUUCAAGCACCGGGGCAAAAUUGUGCGCUUCCAGCCGGCGAGGCUUUCCGACAUCGAGUCCGUCGGCUCUGAGAUGGAGAGGCGGAACUCGGACGAAUCGCCUCAGACGACGAUGAUUAGCAGCAGCGCGGAAACAACGAGCGCCGCUGCCCCGCUCGACAGGAUGGACAAAAAGCAAUCGGAUGGAAAGGGUAAGGAGACCGAGCCAUUGAGCGACGGGUUCGAAGCGACGAAUUCGGAAGAUGAAUUCGGUAUGCGAAUCCAGCCAGCACUCGAUCCAGAAUCUCGUCUCGAGGAGGAUGCGAACGAGACGAAACCAAGGCCAAUCAUCAUUAUAGAGCCGUUUGUAAAUGUCGAGGAGCCCAUGAAUGAUGCAGGCCUCACUACAUUAACGAAAAAAAGCAGAUCGGAACGACCGACGACGAGUCCUACGUCCUUGCGCAUGGAGAGGAUCGAAGAGAAGUCGUGUCUGCAAAUGUCCGGCUGCAAGGGGCUGACAAUAGCUAAAAAUCUUGAUUACGAGGACAUCGAGUCCCUACCCGAGGUAAUCGGGCCGCAGCACCCAAAGAUACCUCCUGCCUUACCGCCAAAGCCCCAAUUCCGCAACAACACCCUCGUACUGAAGAAGAUUCCAAGCCCGUCCUUCCUCAUCGACGAGACAUCGCACAAGAAGCAGGUAGCUGCCGAGGCCGGCCAAGCAACGACGAGUCAUCGAUCCACGGCCGGAGGAGUCCACGGGAUCGGCGGCAAUCUCCUCCCUACGAGCGCCUCCCGUAGUCUGAAAUUCGACGAGGUCGGCAGACGAUGCGACGACACGACGAUGAGCUUCUGGAGAAGUCGAUUUAACAACGUGCGCUCGUCCUUCCGCCUGAAGCAGCAACAAAAUACCAACAACGGAGACGUCUCCGCGUCCCCGGAGCUCUUACCCAAGGUCACGAGUAUCGUCCGCCACUUCGAGGAGUUUAAAAUCGAAGACAAGGACGUGCCCAGGAAACAGCAACAACAGCAGCAGCAACAACAGCACUUCGAGAUCGACGACUAUGACAUACAGCAAAAUUUCGAGGAGUUUAAUCUCGACGAGUGUGACCUGUCGGACGACCCGGAUAGACCGGGGGUCGAGGGCUCCGAGAGCUUCGGCACCGCCAAUAACCCAAUCAACGACAACUCACCGCCGCCCGGUCGUGCUGGUGAGACAACCACCGCCGUAUCCUCCGACAACAACAAUGCGCCGACUGCCAGCACCGCACAACUGACCAACGGCAACAGCGGUAACAGCGGCAACGGCCACUACGACAGCUUCCUCGAGGCCACGGGUCUCAGUAACAAGUCCAUCCUCACGCCCUCGCGGCUCCUCAGCAAUCACAAGAGCAUGCUCAAGCCCAAGGACGUCAAGUACAAGAGCAAGAUCAAGGCGACCGCGGUGAUGGAGAGACACGGCGUCGGCGGCAACGGAGUCCACGCGACCACCACGCACACGAAGCACUGGACAGGACCGUUUGUUUGACGAUUAGUCAGGCGUGUCCUGACCGACGGCGCGCUGCGCUGGAACUCCUUGAGGAUGCCCGCCUCAGAGUCCCAGCCCGCGGACGACUAACGCGAGUGUUCGCUUGAAACGAGUCCCUCACAAAGGGGGAGAGGGGAUUAUGUCCAUCAGUUUGUUUCGUUAUGGGGCUAAUAGUCGAGAAUUAGCGCUUGUCAUUGGCUCAGACAGUGGCUUGAGCCUUCGUUCGUGGAAGCUCGGGACGAAUAUCGACGAAUAUCCACGUAAAGCAACGGUUUCCUCAAAUUGGCCGAUUCCCGCUAUUGUUCUCUCCAAGGGUUCCAGG